GUUCUCAUAAGAAAAAAUACCUAUUUAGUGAUUUUUCUAAAACACAAAAUUAAUUUUAAGUAGUUUAAAGUCAUGUUUAAAGGCCGUGGUGAAGGAAAUGUGGUUUAUAAGUGCAGUAUACGCCUUUUUGGCGAUUCAGAAAUCCUCGAAUUGGAAUUUCAACCGCACCAUAAAGGAUUAUUCUUAUUAGAUUUAAUAUGUGAACAAUUGGAUAUUCAAGAGAAGGAUUAUUUUGGGCUGAGGUUUGUCGAUCUUCUCAAACAGCGGCAUUGGCUUGAUUUAUCAAAAUCCUUAAUCAAGCAAGUGAAAGAUCUCAGUCCACUUGUUCUAUCGUUUCGCUUUCAUUUUUAUCCUGCCGAUCCAACGAGACUCUCGUUCAAUGGAAAGUGUAUGCUUUUCCAACAGCUUAAACGAGAUUUAAUUCACGGAAGAUUGUAUUGUUCGGCUGGUGAAGCGGCAGCACUUGGUGCACUUAUUGUUCAAGAUGAAUUAGGUGAUUAUGAUAGGGAAAUUCACCCAGAUAAUUAUGUAUCGAAUCUUAAGCUUGCCCUUCGUCAAAAUUAUGAACUUGAAAAGAAAAUAAUAGACUUGCACAGAAAACGUGAACCUGGACAGGAUAUUGUAGUAGUUUAUGAUGAGUUCAUUACAAUCGCAAGAGGCUUAGAAACAUAUGGUAUCGAUCCACACCCAGUAAAAGAUUAUCGAUCCACGCAACUUUAUGUUGGAAUAAAUUUUUCGGGUAUUAGCACAUUUUCUGUUGGCAAGCGAAUACAACAUUUUCGAUGGCCAGAAAUAUCAAAAAUCAAUUUUGAGGGAAGGAUGUUUAUUGUUCAUCUAACAUAUACGGUUGAUAGAGAGGUGAAGAAACAUACUGUGGGAUUUAAAUGUCCAUCUGGAAUGACUUGUCGUUAUGUCUGGCGAUGUGCCAUAGAACAAAUGUUCUUCUUCACUGCCCCAAAUGGUCAAAAUCCGCAACUUUACACAGGCGGGUCAUUCUUUAAUCACUCUAAAUUUCGUUAUAUGGGAAGGACGGAACGCGAAAUUUUAUCCGAAAGUCUUCACUCAUUAAAACAAUCAUCAGCAACAUCAAGUCCGACUAAAAGGAAAGCAAACAGUGUGCCAGCAACUCCUUCGAGUCCACAAGAAAUGACUGACAUACGUUAUAGCAGUCUUCCAAGAUCAAACCUUUCUGAGCCAUUAGGUCAAUUUGUUGAUAAUCCAAUGUGGAAUCAUGAAAAUGGUAUUCCAGCAUUAGAAACAGUUUCAGAAGAAAAUCGAAGGAACAAUCCUGAUGAGACAUUAGAGCCACUUUCAGAUUUUUAUCGAGAAUCUUAUGAUCCUGAAAUUACUAAUAUUGAUGAUCUUAACAUGACACAAGCAACAUUUAUUGGCGAUGGAAUGAUUCCAAUUCAAACAACAGCAAUAAACAACACGACAGACUCAUCACUAAAUGCAUCAUUAAAGUCAAAGUCAUUGAAAAAGUUUUCAUUAAUCAAUGCUUUUAUUCCAUCAUUUAUCUUUGUCAUUUUGGCGAUGAGCAUUUCCGCAAUUUUCAUUUUGGAAACUGAUUCAGAGUUUUUCGCACCCAUAAGAAAUUGGCCGGAGAUGGACAGUUUGAGAUUUCAGUAUUAUGAGCCAUUAAAGGAAUUUCUUGCGAGUAAAAUUGGACAUAUUUUUUGAUUUGUAAGGGAAGUUCGGGAUGACAUUCCGCUAGAUUGAGAUAAAUAUUUUCUGCAAUAUUUUUACGUACUUAAUUCAAAUAGAAUUUUUUUUUAUAAAUUUUGGUGAUGGAUUUUUUGGUGUACCUAUUUAAUUUUAAAUUAGAAUUAUUCUGAAUGCAGCAAGCAUAAGUUUUUAUUUGUUUCUAUAAACUUUUUUGGUGUUUUUUUAUAAGAGAUUUGAAUAGCUUUAAAAUUUUAUUUUUAAUACAUACGAAGUACAAUGCGAUGUGACAUAACUUUAACGGCUUUUAAAAUUUGAAAUGCAAAAAAAGAAUUUGAAAUUUUCUCAACUGUUAUGAUUUUUUAUUAAAUACACUUAGAACAGAGUUAAAAAAUCAAGAAAUAGAAAUGUCAUUAGGGACCAUAAUUUUUUUAAUUCAC